AUGCUCAUCCGGUCUGCGCUCAGGCGAGCGCCCAGACGGACCUACUGGCGAGCGGCAACCUUCACGGCAGGCAGUGACAGCAGUGCAGAGCUAUGCGAUCCUCUGUCGUCUUUCCUAUCGGGCACAGAGACCUCCAAACCAGAUGCGCUCAUCUUUGCCCUCUCGCAGAACUUGCCGAGCGAGGUCAUGCUCAGGAUCCUCGACAUGCUCCGCCAGGCUCAUGCAGAUGCACUAGGCUGUCUCUCUGACCCUCUACCUGCUUCUGCUUCAGCGAUCACGUCAGGCGAGGACAGGUUGGCAAGUGCUGCUGUUGCGAUUCACUACCCGUCCGAUGGAGCAAGAGCUCUCCGCUUCACAUCGAAGGUCCCCGGUAGACCCAAGAUCGCUCUGGGCAGAGAAGUGAAGCGGGAUGUAGAGACGUAUGUAGAUGAUCGGUCUCAUUGGGGUCGCAUGUCACGCGUUGCCGUUUCCGACCUGCGAUCGGCUCAGAACACCCUCGAGCAGAUCGAUGGUCUGACCGCAGACGACUUGAAAACAAUGACACAGACCGUCUACUUCUCGGACGAUAAGCCAGAAGGUCUGCUUGCCGCUCUCGAUCGGCAUUGCCCGCUCGCGGCAAAAUCGGGCCUGAUCGCGUCAAGCACGCCCUUCGUCACCGGAAGACCGUUCACGCUUCUCAAAGGCAGUCAGAUAGAGCAGCAAGGUGCUGUAGGCGUAGCUAUCGUCGAUGGCGAACCCGGCACCGUCAAGCUGCAUUUACGUGAUAUGGCAAAUUUUGGCGGCAGGAAACGCGUCACGCAGUCUGCCGGCAAUAUCAUCCUCGCACUCGAUGACGCCAACGCUGCUGCACUUCUGUUGCAGCACAUACAAUCUUUUGCAUCAAAGACUGACGCUUUCGGCAAUACGGCAGAGUACCUCAAUAAAGACAAGAAUUACUACAUAGCCGUUUUCUCCGAAAGCGAACGACCGCCUUCAUCUCAUGAGAAGCCUAUCUUCCUCAGCCGGGUCAUAUCUGGCGAUCCCAAACGGGGUGCAAUCUCGAUCGAUACCGAGACCGAUAUCCUACCGGGGCAGUGGAUCGAAUUUAUGCACCAUCAAGGCGCACAGUCGGCGGCGAUCGAACCCUCAGCGAAGCCGAUGCUUAGCUUUGUCAUGACCGCCACCGAAGAAAGCACACCGUCCUCACAGAGAAGCAAAGAAGGGGCCAAGACGAUCGAAGGACAGUUCCUUGCAGCGAGCGAAAAAGGGUUUGUGCUGCACGAUUCUGCCCGUCCGCUGUCGCACAGCUGGAUAUGCAAAGUGCAGGAUGCGAUAGCACGAGCUGCACUCACAUAG